AUGCCCCCCGUCAGGGUCGGAGUCUCCACCGUCCUCAUGAACGACAAGGGCGAAGUCCUCGUUGGAAAGCGGAUUGGCAGCCAUGGCGCGAACACCUGGCAGUUCCCUGGAGGCCACAUUGACCAUGGCGAGGGCAUAGCCGAGUGCGCCGUGCGAGAGAUGAAGGAGGAGACGGAUCUCGAUGUCGAGUUCAAGGGCAUCUUUGCCAUCACCAACGAUGUCUUUGUCGAGGAGAAGAAGCACUACAUUACGCUCUUCUCCCUGUGCGCCCUCAAGGAUCCAAACGCUGUGCCAGUGCUCAUGGAGCCGCACAAGUGUGAGGGUUGGUUCUGGAAGUCGUGGGAGGACGUGAUGAAGAUUUACGACGCAGCGGCAUCAGGGGCCUCGGCCGAGAGACUGUUCCUGCCUAUAGAGAACCUGGUCAAGCAGACGCGCAACAUCCACGACCUGCUUCCGAGCAAGGGAGAAGUACGUAUGAUUCCUCGAUCCUGA